GACUCGGCCGGGGCGCCGCGGCGCGGGCCGGGAUGGAGUGAGGGGCGAGCGCUGGACAGAGCGCGGCCCUGAGGCCCCCGCCCGUGUCUCGCUCCGCCCCGGGUCUAUGCGGCCCCCCGGAGACCAUGGGAUCCAGGAUCAAACAAAAUCCAGAAACUACCUUUGAGGUGUAUGCAGAAGUGACCCACUCAGGAAUCAGCUGCAUUGGGAAAGAUCCUGAGGUGCGGAGGCAAUUCCCAGAGGGCUACAGUGACCAGGAAGUUCUACAGACUCUGACCAAGUUUUGUUUCCCCUUCUAUGUGGACAGCCAUGCCAUUAACCAAGUUGGGCAGAACUUCACGUUUGUGCUCACAGACAUUGACAGCAAGCAGAGGUUCGGCUUCUGCCGCUUAUCUUCAGGGGCCAAGAGCUGCUUCUGCAUCCUGAGUUACCUCCCAUGGUUUGAAGUCUUUUAUAAACUGCUCAAUGUCUUGGCAGAUUAUUCAGCAAAAGGACAGGAUACUCAGAGGAGUGAGCUCCUAGAAACAUUUCAUAAACUUACCAUCCCUGAGCCAGGAACCUCUGUUCAUCUUGGAGUGCACUCUUACUUUACUGUGCCUGACACCAGAGAGCUUCCCAGUAUACCUGAAAAUAGAAAUCUGACAGAGUAUUUUGUAGCAGUUGAUGUCAACAACAUGCUGCAUCUCUAUGCCAGUAUGCUGUACGAGCGCCGCAUCCUCAUUUGCUGUAGUAAGCUGAGCACUUUAACUGCCUGUAUCCAUGGGUCUGCAGCCAUGCUCUACCCGAUGUUCUGGCAGCACGUUUACAUCCCUGUCCUGCCCCCACAUCUCCUGGACUACUGCUGUGCCCCCAUGCCCUACCUCAUUGGAAUACACUUAAGUCUGAUGGAGAAAGUAAGAAGCAUGGCCCUGGAAGAUGUGGUGAUCCUGAACGUAGACACCAACACACUGGAAACCCCUUUUGAUGACCUGCAGAGCCUCCCCAACGAUGUGGUUUCUGCACUGAAGAACAGAUUGAAGAAAGUCUCUACAACCACUGGAGAUGGUGUCGCAAGAGCGUUUCUAAAAGCACAAGCAGCUUUCUUUGGGAGCUACAGAAACGCCCUGAAAAUUGAACCUGGUGAGCCCAUCACUUUCUGUGAGGAAGCGUUCGUGUCGCACCGCUCGUCUGUGAUGAGGCAGUUCCUGCAGAACGCCAUCCAGCUGCAGCUCUUCAAGCAGUUCAUCGAUGGGCGCCUGGAUCUGCUGAACUCUGGGGAGGGCUUCAGUGACGUGUUUGAAGAGGAGAUAAACAUGGGAGAAUAUGCAGGUAGUGACAAACUGUACCACCAGUGGCUGUCCACAGUGAGGAAAGGAAGUGGAGCCAUUUUAAACACAGUAAAGACCAAGGCUAACCCUGCCAUGAAGACUGUCUAUAAGUUUGCAAAAGAUCAUGCAAAAAUGGGAAUAAAAGAAGUGAAAAACCGCUUGAAGCAAAAGGACAUUGCUGAGAACGGCUGCUCGGCCCCGCCCGAGGAGCCCCUGCCAAGGACAGCUCCAUCGCCACUGGCUGACAAGAAGGACCCAAAAUUCAGAGAGGACAGAAGACCAAUCACAGUACAUUUUGGUCAGGUUCGCCCCCCAAGACCUCAUGUGGUUAAGAGGCCCAAGAGCAACAUUGGUGUGGAGGGCCGGAGGACCUCAGUUCCCAGCCCAGAACACCUCGUAAAGCCCAUGCGACACUAUACAGUCUUCCUCUCUGAGGACUCCUCUGAUGAUGAAUUUCAGCAGGAAGAGGAUCCUGUCUCUGGCUUCUCUGAAAACUUUUUCUUCUCUGCUCCUUUUGAAUGGCCUCAGCCGUACCGGGCCCUGAAGGAGUCAGACAGCGCCGAUGGAGAGGACGUGGGCAGCCCCGAGAAAGCCGGAGAGCCGCUGCCCCCGAGCCCUCUGCUCUCCAGCAAGGCCUCAGCAGUCAAUCUCCUGGAAGACAUCUUCCCCAGCCUGGAAGUAGAAGCGCAGCCCCAGCCCCUGAGCCAGGCCAAGAGCCUGGAGGACCUGCGGACACCCAAGGAGGAGGCGGAGCAGCGCUGCUCCUUUGAAUACCAGAGAAUGGAUCUUGGUGUGUCUGAGAGGAACAGGAUUGUGCCAAGAAUGAAGCUGUCCCACCCUUACAACAAGCUGUGGAGCAUGGGCCAUGAUGAUAUGGCUAUUCCCACCAAAUAUUCCCAAAGCUCACCCGAAAGACCCUUGGCUGCCCUGGGCACCAUGCCCCCCAUCACCAGGAGACCCCAGAACAGAGACAGUGGUCUGGCUCCUGCAGAAAAGGAUGAAUCCAGUCCCACCAUUCAAGGGAGCAUCACCAUUCCUAGGCCACAGGGAAGAAAGACUCCAGAACUGGGGAUUGUGCCACCCCCACCAGCACCCAGGGCUUCCAAGCACCAGGCUCCAGCGGGGUCAGCGGAAAUCCUCACCCCUCAGGGGCGCAGCCACUUGGUUUCAGAUCUUAUCCCAGAGCCUUUUGGGGCUGGGAAUGUGUCCUUAGACUUGCAGCAGUCUGUCAAUCCCUCCUCUCGCCCAUCCCAGCUGCUGUGCAGUGCUGCCAGCACUGCUGAGAUGCUGCAGCCCGUGCGGGUGAAGACAGAAAGUGCAGGCAACGAGAGCGAGCUCCUGCUGAGCCUGCUGGACCCGCUGAGAACCCAGGGCUGGCCAGGCUCAGCCCAGCCAGGCUCAGCUCUGCCAAGCUCAGCCCAGCCAGGCUCGGCUCUGCCAGGCUCAGCCCAGCCAGGCUCAGCCCUGCCAGGCUCGGCCCCCACACCCACCUUUGGUGCCCUGCCAAGUGACUUUGUGCCUCCUCCAGCUGCCCCCUUUGCCCAGCCCCUUGGCUAUGCUGCCCCAGCUCCUGCACCCUUUCUGCAGCCCUCCCCAAAUCCGUUCACGCAGACACUGCCAGGAGCCCUCCCCGUGUCCCUGGUCAGGCCCCCGAGGGGCUCCUUCACCCCCUCCUUAGGUCACGCUUACAGCUCCAGCUUCAUAAGCCCCACUGCCAGCUUCUACCCACCACAGAGACCUCAGCCCCACAUGGCCACACUGUCCAUGCCAAACCUGUUCAGCCAGGCUCCAGCUGUGCCAGCAGCUGGCUCCUUGCUCCUGCAGCGCCACAGCCCUUCUCCCACCAGCUCCCUGCAGCCGUGUCUGGGUGCUCUCUCCAAACCCCGAACGUUACAGGUGGGCCAGCCCAGCACAAAGGUAGAUCCCAAACAAGCCCUGACUCUUCUGGCCAGUGAACCCCCUCUGGUCCCUGCCAGGCCAGCCAAGGGCUUGGAGUCGGUGUUACUGUCCUCAAAAUCUGAGGAGACAAAAGAUCCAUUUGAAGAUCUGUUAAAAAAGACCAAGCAGGACGUGUCACCCACACCAGGUAAGGUGGAGCAGCUCAGAAAGCGAUGGGAAACCUUUGAGUGAUGCCCCCCAUGGCCUCGGUGUCCUUGUGGAAGUGACAGAGGGAUUUUUUGGUUUUUUUGAGCCAGCAUAAAACCAAGCAUUUCUUUUAAGGAAGGCUGAGCCAGGAGCGCUGCAGGACCAUCGCUGAGCUGCAACUCAACACGAGAGCUUUUUGCCCACAGGUCAGAGUCCCCCGUGUCCCAGUCCCUGGCCCUGCUCCCUCACUCCCUGCCACUCAACCCUGGCAUUCCUGCACUGACCAAAGCGUGAGGGGAGGGGGGUUGGGUUGGGAUUUCCACACACAGCUUUUCAGGCAGCACUGCUGAUGCACAGGUUCCUCCCUCCCUGUAUUUUCAGUCCUUGGCACACCUGAGCGUGACACAGCUCAUUGCUGGGGUUCCUUCCUGCCCCUGGGAAUGGACAUCAGUUUGUCUGGCAUUACACAUCGAUCCAACAUUUUGUUUCCAUGUGCAAAGCGCAGCAAACCAGCCCACAAGUCACUGAACUGAUCCAUGGGCUCUGUGCUCACUGAACCCCAGCCACUCCCAGAGCUGUCAGAGGGACUCUGGUGGCACCUUUGACUCCCCCUCCCACCCCCAACACCGACAGCCAGGGCAGAGUUGUCACAGGCCGGGAAACCACAGCACAGAGCAGCUGCUCAGGGAUUGGUCCUGCAUCUCUGUUGGGAAACUGGAAACACCAGCAAUUGUUUUCAUUUUUUUGACUUUGUUUUUGUUAAAUACAUCAGAAAAUAGAGGCCAUAAAAAGUAUCCUAGUUCUUAUAUAUGUGUAUCUUAAUAUUAUCUAUCAAUAUUAUAAAUUGCAGUAUAUGAAUGGAAUGUAACAAUAUCUUACUUGAUGAUUACAAACAGAAAAAACGUGGGGUAUCAAGGUUCCCAGCUCCUGAGUGCAGGUGAGGCCGGUGUGCUGAGGGGCUGAGGGCAGGGCACGGCCAGGAGGGGGGUCUGGGCUCUGUGGCCUCGCUGGAGCCUCGGGCUGGCCCCGCCUGGCCCGCGAGCGCAGGGGACGCUCAGCUGGGUGUUCUGAGCCCCCUCUCUGUGUUCUCCAGACAUUUCACACGAGCCUCAGCAUCCCCCAGGAAAGCUGCUGGCUCUGAUCAUUUCUGUUUCACUUCAGUGGUGCUUUUUUGGUUUGUUUUGUAUCUGGGCACACUCUGGUGUCAAACCUGUCACUCUCGCAGAGGGAAUCACAUCACCAUUGAGCCUUUGCUAAAGGAAAUCAUCUUGGACACAUGGGAAAAUUCUUGUAAAGCUUUAUCUGAUUUCCAAUGUAUCUAUUUUAUUCAUGUUAUCUUGGAAGUUUUCUUACUCUGGGGAAUGGGAAUGGCUGUCUCUGCGUUCGAGUCUGGGCAGUACAAAAGAAAAAUAAUAUCUGAAAUGCUGCCGGUUUGGGAAGACCACAGCAUUCAGGAAUAUUCUAUUUCUGUACAGUGCUGUUCCUCUGACAGGCCAUUCACUUGGAUUUGUACUUUCUUUUUGUGUUGAAAGACAGAUGGGUUUAGUAUUGAAUAGUAAAAUAUUUAAAGUCUAA